AUGGCAUAUCUACCAGGACAUAUUAUGAUUACCGGCCUAUUUUCCGUUCACUACAAUUAUGAUCCUUUCACUAGAAGCUGCCGCUAUCUAAAUGAGCAAAGUGUUCAAUGGAUUCAAGCGAUGAUUUAUUCUAUCGAUCAAAUAAAUAACCGUAGCGAUAUUUUGCCUAAUAUUACCCUCGGUUACGAUAUUCGAGAUACUUGCGAUAGUGCUAGUUUAGGUAUAUUGCAGGCAAUUAGUCUUAUUCAUAAUCGAAUUCAAUAUGGAAUCCAUAAUCCUAGUAAUACUAUGCUAUGCCAAAGUGCAAAUUCAUCGAAAUUAUACCAGCCGCAAGUAGUUGGCAUUAUUGGUGGUAAAAGAAGUCGUGUUAGCAUCCCUGUUGCAUCCUUAGUUGGUAAUUUUGAUUUGCCUCAAAUAAGUUAUUCGUCAACAUCUCCAGUUUUAGCUGAUCGUCGGCGGUAUAAAACAUUUUAUCGUACAGUACCAUCAGAUACUUAUCAAGUUUCCGCUUUGAUCGAUAUUAUUAAACAUUUCGAUUGGAAUUAUAUAUCUAUUAUUGCUAUCGAUGAUAGUUAUGGCCGCCAGGGUGUUAGCGAAAUUAAUAAGCAGACAAGGCAUAAUGAGAUUUGUACAGCAGUGGUAGAAUACAUCAGCGAUCCUAGUGAUCGAUCGACGAUCAGCCGAAUACUGCAACGAAUUGAACUAUUUCCUAAGGCUAAAGCUAUUAUCCUAUUUACAACUGAAUUUGAUGCGGUCAAUAUAAUUCAGGAAGCAGAAAAGAGAAAUUUAACGGGUCUUAUUUUUAUUGGCACCGAUGCAUGGAGUGAUUCGUUAAAAUUUACGCGACUUGAUCCAAAGGUUAUUGGAGGAAUGCUAGGUGUAUCUUUAGAUGGUAAAAAUGAUCCCAAAUUUGAUCAGUAUCUACGAAGUCGGGAUUUAUGCAAUAAUCGGAUUAAUCCUUGGUUUAUCGAGAUGUGGAAGAGUGAACUUAGUCACUUAAAUCUAGAUACGAAUGAAAUUAUGCAGCAAUGUAAUAUUAUUACAGAACUACAUCAAAACUAUACCCAUGACUUUUAUUAUCGAACCUCCAAAGCGGCAUAUGUUAUGGAUGCGGUUAAAGCAUUAGCUGUAGCUGUCCAUAAAGCUCUCGGUUGCACAAAUGAUUCUUGUUCAGCUGAAAAUUUAAGAGGAAUAGAUAAAUUUCGCUUAUUGGAAGAAUUGGUCAAUGUUUCAUUCCAUGGAAUUAGUGUUCGAAAAUUUCACUUUACUUCAACCGGUGAUGGAGUACCCAAGUAUACGAUAGUUAAUUUACAGCCAGAUAACGUAGACAAAAAUCGCAUGAAAUUUGUUAAAAUUGGCACCUGGAGUUUCCGACAACUAUCUGAACAGCCGUCGUUGGAAAUUAAUGAUUCUAAAAUUAUAUGGAACGGCGAUCGACCAUGGUAUGAUAUUCCUUCUUCCAAUUGUUCCAAUCAUUGCCUGCCAGGAACUGUACGAGUGAUCAAUUCUCGUGAAACAUGCUGUUGGCAAUGUUUUCCUUGCUCUAAUCUAUCCAUUUCUAAUGAAACCAAUGCCAAAACAUGCCAUACCUGCUCCAAAUUUUAUCACCCCAAUAUCAAUCAUACGGUAUGCAACCCGAAUCAGAUAGAAAAGAUUGAACCACUUUCAACAUUGGCUAUUUUCAUCUACUUUGUUGUAGUCAUCGCCCUUUUGCUCACAUUAAUAACAUGGGGAUUAUUCAUAAAAUAUCGCAAAACAGCCAUUGUAAAAGCUUCUAAUUUUACUGUAUCCAAUUUAUUACUCUUUUCUAUUUGCUAUUGCUCACUGGUACCCAUAUUAUUUUUACUUCCAAAAUCAAGAUUUACUUGUGAAUUAGCGGUCAUUGGAUUUGGAAGCUCAUUAACUAUAGUUAUGCUAACGAUUGUCUCCAAAACUAAAACGGUCGCAAAAGUAUUUAAUGGUGAACUGGGAAAUACGAACGGCAAAAAGAAAACCUAUAAAUUACUUCAAGCUGUUUUACCAAUUUCUAUCACUAUCGCGCAAAUAUGCGUUUGCUCUGUUGCCAUCCAUUUCGAUCCGGUUAAGGUCACCUUGAUAGCAGUAACUCGCAACAGAAUUCAUUUACAAUGUUCUUCAAAAUAUAAAAUUGCUUUCCUAUUAGCUUUCGCCUUUAUUGCGCUUUCAAAUCUAAUUUGCAUUUAUUUAGCAUUUAAAACUCGAAAAUUGCCUGAAAAUUUUAACGAAGCAAAGUACAUCUGUUUCACUGCUUUAAUCAUGUUUUGUAUCGUAGUUACUUUAAUACCUAGUUUCUUUACCACAACAGGGCCUUUGCAAGAUGCUAUUGCAGCGUUUGGCUGUGCUGCAUUCGCACUUGCUGCUUUAUUUUGCAUUUUUGCUAAUAAAAUUUAUGUCAUGUUAUUUCAACCUGACUUAAAUUGCCGUGAACAAGUCAUAUUAAGUGUUACAAAUUACGCCUUUACCAAUGUCUCUCCCAGGUGUACACCGACAGCGACACCAAGAAAUAAUCGUAAGCGAGAUAACUCCAGACUCAAUGUUAUUGAAUCCUCAUUUCAUAAUCCGGAUUGCUCUUCAUCGGAUGCAGACCGAUCAGGUUCAAGCUCAAAUCGUUCAUCCUUACGCGAAAAGAUACAUGUUAUUAACACUGCUCAAUUAACAGAGCGUUAA